UGCAAAAAAAUGUUCAAUCUGAGCGGAAUGAAUGGAUGCUCUGAUGCACUAAGGUGCCUUUGCUCACAUCUUUCCAAGAUGUCAUGAAUCUUUAAGCUCAUUUUUCAACUCCGACCUUCUUGUCUUCCACGAUUUCCCGCCUUUGCUGGCAAGGGUACCAUGGCAACGAGGAUGAAGCUGAAGCUGAAAACUGUGUUUGUGCUUUAUUUCAUGGUCUCCCUGAUGGGCCUUGUCUAUGCACUGAUGCAGCUUGGUCAGCGCUGUGACUGCACAGAGCAUGACAUGCCCAAAGACCGUACCAUAUCCCGGUUGCGGGGGGAGCUGCAUCGUCUUCAGGAGCAGAUGAGGAAGUCAGAAGCGACCAAGCAACCCCAGAAUAAGCCAGCAAAGCCCUCCCAGCCCACCAUCUUUGUGAUCACCCCAACAUAUGCAAGGCUGGUGCAGAAGGCUGAGUUGACUCGAAUUGCUCAGACCUUCCUCCAUGUCUCUCAGCUCCACUGGAUUGUGGUGGAGGACUCGCCACAUAAAACACCACUUGUGACUGACCUGUUGGUGAAGAGUGGCCUGACUUACACACAUUUACAUAUGCCCACUGCUAAGGAUCGCAAACUGCAGGAGGGUGACCCAAGCUGGUUGAAGCCGCGUGGAGUUGAGCAGAGGAACGAAGGUCUACGGUGGCUCAGAGAGGACAGAAGGGCUCAGCCAGGAGGAGACAACCAGGAAGGAGUAGUUUACUUUGCAGAUGACGAUAACACGUACAGCCUGCAGAUAUUUGAAGAGAUGAGGAACACCCUGCGAGUAUCUGUGUGGCCGGUGGGGCUGGUUGGAGGAAUGAAAUAUGAGAGGCCUGUGGUUGAAGGAGGAAAGGUGGUUCGCUUCCAUACCGGCUGGCGUCCCAGUCGCCCCUUCCCAAUGGACAUGGCUGGCUUCGCUGUGUCCCUCAAACUGGUCCUGGCCAAUCCGGAGGCUUGCUUCGAUGGAGAGGCGCCAAUGGGCUUCCUGGAGAGCAGCUUCCUUCAGGGGUUGGUUACCAUGGAUGAACUGGAACCCAAAGCAGACAACUGCUCUAAAGUGCUGGUGUGGCACACGCGGACAGAGAAACCGAAGAUGAAAAGGGAAGAAGCUCUGCAGGCUCAGGGACUUGGUUCGGACCCUGCUAUUGAGGUCUGAGAAUCACUGGUACACGUUGUCACUCCCUCACACACACAUCUUAAAGCGUACGCUGCUGUUUAAUGCUGCAUAUGUAACUCUGCAUUGUAAAUAAUGUAAAACAGAAAAAUAUUGAACAGGGUUAAACAAGACUCUGUUUUUUGUGUCAAAUAGUAAAUGUAUGUGUGUGUGUAUAUACUGCGUGAGUGUGCUUGUUGUUUCAGCUCUGCUGGCUGUAUAUUGAUGUGUGUUCUAUUUUUUAUUUCACUGAGUAAAUAAGUUGUUUUUGUUUAUGGGCUCUGGAGUUGAAACAGUUGCCUGAUGGGGGCACCAGUGUUAAAUUGUGCAGAUCUAUUCUGUUACACCACGGAUAUCCUUUGGCUCAAAGAAGGCGGCAUGAUGCAUUUAUAUUACUGAUGUCCUGUUUGGUAGAUUUUUACAUGUUUGCCUGUUCUCUAUGGAAAUCCUGCUGUUUAACUCAUUCCACUCAGAUAUUUAGUGUGAUACCAGCUCCUUCUCUUCUGGUUAAAUCUACUCUGUACUUUUCUUCUGGAGAUACAGUUGCAACCAAGCAUUUAUUCCUGCACGGCUUCUAUUUUUUAUGAUAAGUUAGCCAUAUAGACAUCAUCAUGGGCAAGCUAGUAAUCUCUCCACUAAUCCAGAUGUUGGCUUUUGUUAUCAGAGUAAGUAUCUUGCUGAAAGGUAGAUGAAAGGUGCAAAGCAAUCAACAGAAAAAUACCAGAGAGCUCCCUACAGGAAAAUACUCCAUAGUUGUUGCCUCGCACUAGGAACACUGUCAUACACCUGUGUUGCAGACACAACUUGUGCAACUGGACAACAGUUUGCUGCAAUACAGACAUAACAAAUACAUAGAUGCAAUGGCUCCACACCCAGUGUAUCUUUAGCAUUAAUCUUAGAGCUUAAACGCUGGUUUUCGAUAGUGUCAUAGCACAACAAAUAGUCAUACCCAGCAUUUAGUUGUGUAUAGUUUUAGUGAUGCUUUUAAAAACAUAGGGCUUGAUUUUGAAAGCCAUUAUAAAUCCUGUACUAAGGGAACAGCGCUACAUAAGCUCAUAUCAAGUCCUUAUGCAAUAAGCAAAUACAAAACCAAGCUCCAUAUGCUACAUAUACACACACUUUAAUGGCAAGAAAAAGACUUGAAUUUGCCUUAACAGGCAGGAGAUUCCUGGUACUUUACAGUAGCUGUGUUUUAACUAUACAUUUAAAAGAGUUUUGAAUAUAAAGUGAGUAAACCAGAGUUUAUUAUCUACAAUAUUGAAAGAAUAAAGACAUGCGCUCCUCUGCUACUGGUGUAUGAUACUGUAAAAACAUAUAGUGCCUGCUUAGUAAUUAGUGCCUGUAAGUCAAUUCUUCACUGGUAUAUAAUGUACGGUAUUUAGUACUGUAAUAUUGUUCCUACAAUGUAUGAUGUGAUCAUGUCUAUCCUGGGCCUUGACAAUAA